CCGCCCGCGAAACCCGGGCCCGAGGCCCGGAGCCCAGCCGAGGGUCAGCGCGGGUCCUCGGGCCCCAGCCCCGGCGCGCCGGGCUACCGCUGCCCCGAGCCGCAGUGCGCGCUGGCCUUCGCCAAGAAGCACCAGCUCAAGGUGCACCUGCUAACGCACGGCGGCCUCCAGGCCCGGCGGCCCUUCAAGUGCCCGCUGGAGGGCUGCGGCUGGGCCUUCACCACGUCCUACAAGCUCAAGCGGCACCUGCAGUCUCAUGACAAGCUGCGGCCCUUCAGCUGCCCGGUGGGCGCCUGCGGCAAAAAGUUCACCACGGUCUACAACCUGAAAGCGCACAUGAAGGGCCACGAGCAAGAGAGCUUGUUCAAGUGCGAGGUGUGCGCCGAGCGCUUCCCCACGCAAGCCAAACUCAGUUCCCACCAGCGAAGCCACUUCGAGCCCGAGCGCCCCUACAAGUGUGAUUUUCCGGGCUGUGAGAAGACAUUCAUCACAGUGAGUGCCCUGUUUUCCCAUAACCGAGCUCACUUCAGGGAACAAGAGCUCUUUUCUUGCUCAUUUCCUGGAUGCAGCAAACAGUAUGAUAAAGCCUGUCGAUUGAAAAUUCACCUAAGAAGUCAUACAGGUGAAAGACCAUUUAUUUGUGACUCAGAUAGCUGUGGAUGGACCUUCACCAGCAUGUCCAAACUUCUAAGGCAUAAAAGGAAACAUGAUGAUGACCGGAGGUUCAUCUGCCCUGUGGAAGGCUGUGGCAAAUCAUUCACUAGAGCAGAGCACCUGAAAGGUCACAGCAUAACCCACCUAGGCACAAAGCCAUUUGAAUGUCCUGUGGAAGGAUGCUGUGCUAGAUUCUCUGCUCGCAGUAGUCUGUACAUUCACUCGAAGAAGCAUCUUCAGGAUGUGGGUGCUCCUAAAAGCCGCUGCCCAGUGUCCAACUGCAAUAGACUCUUCACUUCCAAACACAGCAUGAAGGCUCAUGUGGUACGACAGCACAGGCAGCGCCAAGAUCUAGUACCUCAGCUAGAAGCUCCAAGUUCUCUCACACCCAGCAGUGAACUGAGCAACCCAAGCCAAAGUGAGCUAACUAACAUAGAUAUAGCUGCACUCUUCUCUGAUGCAUCUGCCAACAGUAGUAAUUCAGCAAGUGGGCCAGAUGAGGCACUGAAUUCCGGAAUCUUAACCAUUGAUGUUACUUCUGUGAGCUCCUCUCUGGGAAAGAACCUCCCUGCUAAUAAUAACUCCUUAGGGCCCAUGGACCCCCUGGUCUUGGUAGCCCAUAGUGAUAUUCCUCCAAGUCUGGAUAGUCCUCUGGUUCUUGGGACAGCAGCCACAGUUCUUCAGCCAGGCAGCUUCAGUGUGGAUGAUGUACAGGCUGUGAGUCCAGGAACAGUGGGCUGUCUGGUGGCACUGCCUGUGAAGAACUUGAGUGAAGACUCGCCUGCUUUGACUUCCAGCAGUAGUUUAGCAGCACAUAGCAACACGUCAGACUCUUCAGGCACUUCCCAAGAAACUUCCAGUGCCCCAGAACUUAUGACUUCAAUCAAGGUGGAGCGAGACUCACCUCCUCUCCCAGAUGUGGUUGAGCAUCAGGAAGGAAGCUUAGGGCCAGCCUCAUCUGUGUUUUCCAGCCCCACAGAGAGGCAUGGUCCCCAGAAGGACACAGAGCUCAGUGCAGGCACUGGAAACCUCUUUUUGCUGUGUGACGUUGGGCUCCCUCGCUUCUCUGAGUACAAAUGGUGUGUGGUGAAUGGGUUACAGGAAAGUGGGGGCUCAGCAAGAACUGAUUACCGAGCCAUUCAACUAGCCAAGGAAAAAAAGCAAAAAGGAACUGGGAACGAUGCAGGAACCUCUGAGUUUACUCAAGGAAAUAUAAAAGGUGACAAGACCAGCCCUCCUCGCUGCCAUGCAAGCCAGACCAGUUGCAUGUGUGGGAACCUCGCAGUACCCAGUGGAGGUUGGCCAGCACUGGCUCCAGUGGCUGGGACGCCUUGUAUCCAGAUCCCAGUGCUACAGCCUGUCUCACUGCAUCCGUGCAAGUUCUUACCUAUGUUAGGACUGACGCAUCAGGAUGACCCUGCAGGUGAAGGAGUCUUGCCAUUGGCCCUCAGCCCACAGCCCUCUACCUUCCACCCUUACUUCACCAUGGAUUUGCCUGUCUACGUCCUCCAGGAGGUGCUUCCAGCGCCUGGAGGUAUUGCUGGGCCUGAAGCUGCACAAGUGCCUGGAAGCACUAUCAACUUGCGAGACCUGCAGUGACAGCAGCCCCUCCAUGUAUACAUGCAAUCAGGGCCACCUUCCAGCUGUGCCCCCUAGAUGACUGAGAUGAUGUUGUACAGGGCAUGGGGAGACCCAGGUUGGUUUCUGCUUAGAAGUCCAACCUCAUUCUUUUAAAGACUUUUGAGUACAUUUAUCAAAAAUGUUUUCUUCUGUUUUUUUUUAAGGAGCUAGUUGGGGCUGUAUUCUUUGAAAAUAUCUUUAUAAGCAAAAUGCUUUGAUGGGAUACAUAAUACUUUGUCCAUGCUCGGCUGGGUGCUUUAUAGCCCUUUUCCCAGAUCGUGUUGGAUCUAAGCUGUGUAGCACACAUUGCAUUAAAAAGAGAAGAAAAAAACAGACUUGUGCAGAAAAUGGGGUUGAGUAUAGGUUCCCUGCUGAGGUAUGACUUUGUCUGUACAGUCCAAAUGCAGUCUUUCAGAUCCAGUGUUUUAGUGUUUUACUCAAGAGGGAUUUAGAAGUCCCAUUUUUCUUUUCUGAAAGCUGAUGUGAUGGGCCAUAUCUCAACACUGACUGAAUGAUUUUCAUGGGUGAAUCGUUUGUGCCACAAUGUGGGCCAAAAAUUGUCCUAUUGUCACAGUGAAGUCAAAUUCUGAUCCCAGUUCUAGCAAAGCAGUUAAGACUGGGAAGAAAAUGAUUGGUGUGUCUUAGUGCCUGACAGUGAGCUUUUUUCAUAGAGCAAAUGCAUAGCUCAUAAUAUGGAGAUGGGAAAGUUAAAACUUUUAAAAUAUUUUUUUUUCUAAAUUCUGUAUUUGGGCAUUCAAGUUAAACAGUAAUUUGGCAACAGUUUAUAAGGUGAUGUUCUGAAUACUGUAAGUUAUAUGUAAGACUCUAAUAAUGGUACGUUUUCUUUUGGGGUUGUAGAUGUGCAUAUAAUAGGUCUUAUAUUUUUACAGAAUAAGGUCUGUCUUGCAAAAGCAGCUAAUUGGAUUACCUUGCACGUAUUUGUUAAAAAAAAAAAAAAAAAAAAAACAUGGGAUGGCCAAGAAAUUUUUUUUCCUUGUGCCUUUUGAAGUAUAUGCUUGUUCAGAUACUGUUCGGUUCUGUGACAUGGCGUCAUCCAAACUCUUCCCUUUCUGGGUUUGUUUCUCAGACUUUAGUACUUCAGCUUUUGGGAAGGAUGCUUAGUUUGAGUGCUAAUCCUCUCUGUGUCCUGAAGUGCUGUCUACCUAGGUGCUGCUUCCCCCAAAGGAAUUAUAGCCCUAUUUGAGAAUGGUUCCUUUCUAUUUGAGAAUGGUGCUGUAUCUGACCCCCAAGUUGAGGGGCUGAACUUGCUCACAAUGUUAUCUAGUGCCCUACAUCCUCUAUGGAGAGAGAGGCAUCCUUGUCUCCUCAAGGAGGACCUGCACCCAGGAGUUCAUCUAUAGGCAAGCUUCUGCCUUUCUCCCAGAGUCCCCAGUGAGUGUCUGCCACCAAAUGAUUGGGAUAGGCUGUCAGUUUCUGAACAACAAGGCUCCCUUCCUGCUGGCAGUGGGCCCAACUCCUAAUACAAAAAAAUAAAAGUUUUUAUA